UGCUUAUUUAAGAAAAGAACGUUUAAUUGUUGUUGAGGUUGGGUGGUAGUGUUUGAUGUUGUUGUUGUUAUUAAAUGUGAGGGAGCUAAUUGAAAGUAAAAUUCAUAGCAACAACAACAAACCUAAUAUUGAAAUUAAAAAAAAGUAACAACAAGAAAUCUUAUUCACACACUUAAACAAAAAAAAAUUUCAAGUACUCGCACAAUCAAUCGAGUAAUCGAAACCUAUAAAGUCGGGUACAAUUUUUGACAAUCACUCAGUCUUCUCUUAGACGGGGACCCAAAUCGAGUAAAACAAAAGCAAAUAAAGAAACGAGUAUAAGGAAUAAAAGGAAUAAACCUUGUGCUAACACGCGUUAAAAAAAAAAGUUUUUAAGUGAGAAAAGCCCUAAAACAAAAUUAAAGAAAAAAAGUGACAAAUUUAUUUAAAGAAAAUUUGUUCAUAUUACGAAAAAAAAAAUAAUUCAAUUAAAAAUUGAAUUUAAACAACAAAUGCCCAAGUGUUUAAAUCAAAUAAUUUACUUAAAAAAAAGUUCAAUAAAAAAUUUUUGUUAAAAAAAAGAAAAUUUAAAAAUAAUAAUAUAAUUCAACAAAAAAUUAACUUUUUGAUUUAUAAAAACCAGACUGGUUUACAACAGUAAAUAUUAUUAAAAACUACAAAAACAACUACCACAACUUUAGCAGUCCUUAUAUAUACGGAAAAAAAUUUGUGCGACUUUAACCCAUUCAAAACCACACAACAAGUCAACGGAACUGUUUUUGCAUUGGCUUAACAUUAUAUAAAGGAUAUAAAGCAUCAUAAAAAUAUGAAUGAUAUUUCGGAAAAUAUACCAAAUGGUUCAACAGUACCGGGUGGUGGAGGCGGUGGCAGUGUCAGCAGUGGCACAGCCAGUACUGGUCUACCCACUGUCAAUGAUUUAAACACAAAUGGCACUUUUAAAAGUUCUAUUGUUAUCGAUAAUCAACCGAAGAGACGUGUUAGUAUUGCUUCAGAUCCUGCCGCUGAGGGUCGUCAUGUAGGCGGUUAUGAUAAUCCAGCGUUUGAACAAAAUCCUAGAAGGAAAAUAUCACAGACUUCAGUCCACUCACACACGGAAAUUGGUCCGGUUAGACGAAAAAGUAUAUUAAUAAAUGCCGUAGGCCAUGAUAAUGAAUCAGAUCAUGGUUCACAAUGUAGUUAUGACAACAGACCUUAUAGAAUUUCAGCAUUAGAUAAUCUACAUGCUAAAAUAUCACAACAACAGCAGUUGGCUACCAGCAAUAGUAUCGAAGAAUCCUGGUUGUACACGUUCUGUUUUAAAUGUCGUGGCGAAGAGAACACACCUUCCUGGGAACCACCACACUGGCAAAAAAUGUGUCCCUACCCCUUGUGUCCAUCAUUUAGACAAUUUGCCCGCAUUAUUGUACUCAUCUUAAUAGGUGUGCUAUUAUGGAUAACAGCAUAUGUAAUUAUAGGAGAAUCUGCUGCCCCUGGUGGUCAGCUGUUCGGUUUGGUAGUUUUGACAGUGGCAGCUAAUUUUGGUGGUUAUUUGAUAUCGCUAACAACGUUGCCGCGUUUGAUUGGUAUGUUGCUGGUCGGCAUAUUAUUUCAGAAUGUUGGCUGGACCAAUUUGGAGGGAGAUUUUUCAAUAGUUACUGCACAUUUGCGUAAAUUUGCUUUAACUAUUAUUUUAAUUCGAGCUGGUCUCGAAAUGGAACCCGAAGCUUUUAAGAAGGUCUACAAGACCAUUUUAAAGUUGGGUAUUAUUCCUUGGAUUUUGGAAUGUUGUGUGGUGGGUCUUACCACCCAUUUCUUACUCGAUUUACCCUGGGUAUGGGCUUUCCUUUUGGGUUCUAUCAUUGCCGCUGUCUCCCCCGCUGUAGUGGUACCUUGUCUCUUCCGUUUGCGUACGAAAGGCUAUGGUGUAGCCAAGGGUAUACCCACUUUAAUUAUUGCUGUAGCCGGUAUUGAUGAUGCCUUGUCUGUGGCCAUUUUCGGUAUUAUUAGCAGUGUUAUGUUUUCGGAUCGUGGUCUGGGUUAUCAAAUAUCUCAGGCGCCCGUUUGUAUUAUUGGUGGUUUGGCUUUUGGUGUCAUUUGGGGUUAUAUUGCUAGAUUUUUCCCCGAAAAAGGUGAUGCUUAUGUUGUACCUCUACGUACUAUUAUGUUAUUCUCGGGUGGUUUGGUGGCAAUUUAUGGCAGUGAUGAAAUCGGUUAUGAAGGUGCUGGUCCCUUGGCUGCCGUGUUUGCUGCUUUCGUUUCGAAUCUAUUUUGGUGUAAACAAGGCUGGGAAGUGGAAGAUAAUCCAGUGUCGACCGCUUUUGAAAUUUUCUGGAUGAUUUUCGAACCCAUACUAUUCGGUAUUACGGGUGCUACUAUUAAGAUUUCUGAACUCGAUCCCGAUAUUGUGUCCGUGGGCAUUGGUUGUAUUGCAAUCGGUGUUGUCUUGCGUAUCCUCUGUACAGCUGGCAUUGCUUUCGGAGAUAAGCUGAAUAUGAAAGAGAAAUUCUUUGUUGCUCUCUCUUGGAUGUCUAAGGCAACCGUACAGGCUGCCUUAGGACCCGUAGCCAUGAAACAUUUGGCUGCCGAUGCGCCUGAAACCGACAAACACUAUGCAUAUGUAGUGCAAACCAUAGCUGUUUUAUCUAUCGUACUAACUGCUCCCUUGGGAGCCAUAUUGAUCUCGGUGACCGGUACUAAACUGUUAACGAAAACUAAACAACCUCAAGUUGUAGAAGGUUGGCGCCGCAGUCACCGUCCUUCUAUACGUGAUAUUAGUAUCAUCGAUGAGGAGGAAGAACGUGAAGAUCCCGAAAUGCCAGAAGAUAAGGAGACAGCUGAUAAUACCCAAAGCAAUGCUCAUAUACCACCAACUCUAUCCUAUACUUAUAAUAAUAAAUAAUUUUAAACGGUUUUCGUUUCCUUCCAAAUUAUAUCAGUUUGUUUUUUGGUUUAAUUUUUUACUCUGUUUUCUUUUCUGUAAUGCUGUUGAUUGUUUUCUUUCUUAAGUGUUUAAUUAUUUAAGAUAUAAUUAUAGAACGAAAUGUAUAUGAGCAAAGAGCGAGAAAUUACG